UGUUCUAUCACGUCACUGCUCCCUCCCUCUUUUGCGCGGGUGACGUAGAGAGCGACGGCUUGUGCUGCUUAUUGGGGUGAGCCUACGGAGCGGCUGCACCGGCUCAGGCGGGAAAGGCCUACAUAGUGGUGCAGUGCGAUAAGGUGAUCCUAUAGGUAUUAAAUGCAGGACAGUCUGGAGCUGCAGCAGAAAAUGGGGAAGAAGCAGAAUGGCAAAGGAAAGAAGGUGGAGGAGGCAGAACCAGAGGAGUUUGUAGUAGAAAAAGUUCUCGACAGACGUGUGGUGAAUGGGAAGGUGGAAUAUUACCUAAAGUGGAAAGGUUUUACAGAUGCAGACAACACAUGGGAGCCUGAAGAGAACUUGGACUGCCCUGAGCUAAUUGAAGCCUUCCUUAAUUCUCAAAAGGCUGGCAAAGAGAAACCUGACAGUAACAAAAGAAAAUCUGUUUCAGACAGUGAAUCAGAAGACAGCAAAUCGAAAAAGAAACGUGAAUCAGUUGACAAACCAAGAGGAUUUGCUAGAGCUCUUGAUCCAGAGAGAAUCAUCGGGGCUACUGACAGCAGUGGGGAACUAAUGUUUCUUAUGAAAUGGAAAGACUCUGAUGAAGCAGAUCUGGUACCAGCAAAAGAAGCAAAUGUGAAAUGUCCUCAGGUUGUAAUUGCAUUUUAUGAAGAGAGACUAACUUGGCAUUCCUGUCCAGAAGAUGAAACCCAAUAGAUUAUCAUUUACAUGUAGACUUUUUAAUUUUUUUUUGUUUUAAGAAAUCCAUUUAUCAGCCAUUCACAAACUGAUUUGUUCAGGUUUCGUUUGUCUCUUUUUGGAGAAAACCACACCAGUAUCUUGACUGGCUGUGCGCUCAUGAACUGUACAUGGCAUAAAGCCUUGGGUACAUAAUUGUAUUUGCUCUGUCAGGGCUUUUUAUAAACUUUAAAUGAUCUCCCAAUAUCUUUGCAUCUAAAAUGCAAACUUGCAAGUGUUUUGUAGACUUCUCCUUGAUGUGCAUGUUAAUGCUUUACUACUCUGACCUGUCUUUAGUUUCAUUAGUGCCAGUCUUUGCUUCAAUGGAAGCUUUCUGGUUGUAACUGUAGUGAAUGACGUUAUCUGACUGUAUAUUGUUUACUUCAAUGUAAAUACUGGUGAGCAGUGUUCAAUAAAUAGUUUUAUAUUCUCCUUAA